UUGCACCUUGGUCCUUGUCGAAUGUAGGUCAGAAAACAUGCGUUAAGGAGACUGGCGUGUUUUUGUUUAUUUUAAGACUACAGUUUGUAAAAGUGAGUGCGUGUUAAAUUAUAAAUACAAAUUGAAAUCUGGAAUACUGAUUUUUUAAAGUCGUUACAAAGCUAGUUGGAGAUUCCUAUACUAGCAGUCUGAAGACAAGUCCACCAGUCUUCAUAUAGAAAUAUUGACUUAGUUUUCAACUUGAAGCAAAUGGCAAAUAUGGAAAUAGCUGUUACAAAAAGACAACAUGUUGAUGAUGUUGAAGAUAUUGUUGGCAGUGAAAGCAAUAUACCAAUUGAAGAUCUUGACAAUGAAGAAGGUUCUCUUAUGAAGAAACAACCAUAUGCUGAAGAACGUCUCAAACGAAAAGCCAAAAGACCAUCCAAGUUUCUGUGCGAGCAUAAAGGAACUGGCGAAGGGCAAGACAUAAAAGAGGAGAAGGUGCUUGGUAAGCUGUCAAAAAAUAGCAGACGAUCAAGAAAUAUAUAUGGAAGAGGCUUGCCUAAGAAAGGGGGAGCUGGUGGUAAAGGUACAUGGGGAAAACCGGGGAGUGAACUAAUUGUAGAGGAAGAAGACAUUAAUGGAGAUUCCCAUGAUCCAAACUAUGACUCCGAAAGUCAGGACAGCUGUGAGUUUGAAGCAAUUGUUCCAGAAAUGACUGAGGAAGAUUUUGAGCGAACUGCAGACUCCAUUCUUCACGAAUACUUUGAACACGGAGAUACAAAUGAAGUCGCUAUGAUUCUCCAGCAGUUAAACUUGGGUUCCUUGCGACCUCGACUUUUAGAAAUGAUGAUUAACCUGGCCAUGGAGAGGAAGCCUUCACAAAGAGAAAUGACUUCUAUUCUUCUGUCAGACUUGUAUGGAAGGGUGAUGGCUGAGGAGGACAUUGAACAAGGCUUUGAUAAUCUCAUCAACAGCUUAGGUGACCUGGUGCUUGACAUUCCCGAUGCUCCGACAAUGCUAGGAAAUUUUGUUGCACGAGCUGUUGCUGAUGACUGCAUCCCGCCAAAGUUUGUGCAUGGAUACAGAGGCAAGUUGGAAGACGAAUACUCCAGGGCAGCAUUGGAACAUGCUGAGACACUUCUGAGCAUGAAACAUGGCCUUGUUCGAUUGGAUAAUGUCUGGGGAGAAGGUGGGGGAAUGCGACCUGUGCAGUACCUCAUCAAUAAGAUGCAGUUGUUGUUGCAGGAGUAUUUAUCUUCAGGUGAUAUUAAUGAAGCCACGAGAUGUCUUCAAGAAUUGGAAGUUCCACACUUUCAUCAUGAACUGGUUUAUGAGGCUGUGGUAAUGGUUAUUGAAGAUAUGGGAGAACGUGCCAUGGACCUGAUAUGCAAACUUUUGAAGUCUUUGGCUGCUAGUGUCAUAGUAACACCAGAUCAGAUGAAACGAGUAAGUUUGAAAAUUGAUUGUUUAAAAAGCAGCACGUUAAACAUACUAUUAAUAUGUGUAUAAAACUCGUAUAACUUG